UUAAAUUUAUGUUCUCUAUUUAUACACCCAGUCCCUGUUUUCAGUGGAGAACUUUGUCCAUUACAUGACUGUGUCCUUGGAAAUGCUGAUGAAUGAGGUGCCUCGAAUGAUAGUGAACGUGGUCCAGAUACUGCCGAUGGAGACCCUGAGGGAAGUACAGAAACCCACGCCAGGAUGUCUGCUCCAAAGGUCAUUCUGCUCCUGUCUGGUCAAGCCAGCUGCGGGAUCGGCUGAUCUGAAGGAGCUUGUUGGAGUCAACCUAGAAUUCCAGAAAGCACUGGAGCAGCUCUUGUACACUGACCGCUUCUUUAAGAAUGACUUUGCUGUAGUUUUGCAGCCGUUCCUGAAACAUGCAGAUCCUCCAAGACUCCCUAAUGGGAAGAUUGACAUGAGCUUUUUUACUCCGGACUGUUUCCACUUCACCAUGAAAGGACAUGAGGAGCUAGCCAAGGGACUGUGGAACAACAUGUUUCAACUUGAGGGGGAGAAGUUCAUGGUGGAGAGCUUUUCAAACCCUAUUGAGCUCAUUUGCCCCCCUGUGAGUCAUCCGUACAUUUACACCAGACCCAGUGUUGUAAAAUCAGGCCCAUCACUUCCUGAGAUGCCCCAGUCAGCUGGCAUCAGACUAAUUGUUCUCUACCUCAUCUUGGCUUUCCUUCCACUGUGGUUGGCUGUUAAUCUGGCCUCCUUGUAGGACAUCCAUAUGGAUUAUUGUGGUACAUCA